AAAAAAAAAAAAAAGACGUGAGAUUGAGCCGUUUCCUCCAGGAUUGAUUAAUCAAGUGAUAAACACCAUUAACAUAUUUUAAGGUUCAUUGUUUGUAACCCUAGAAACAGUCGAAUCUUUGACAGGGUACACAGGAAGCAGUUCGCGCGCGUAGUAAAGGAAGUAGAACGUCACUAACAUGCGUUUCCACAACACGGCCACUAGAAACGUCAUUAUCACACAGUCAGCAUUGACAUUUCCUGAAAGAAAACAACUACAUACCCUAAAGAUACAAAUAUCAUGAGACACUUCUUAUUUUCUGGCAUUAGUUCACGGUUUACCUUUCUGACAUUGUUGCCUCGUUAUAUUUGCGCUUGAGAACAGAAAGGUCCUGUCAGAAUGUCUCAGAUGGAGCUCCUUGUCACAAAUGUAGCUGAGCUCCUCACUGCUGCUGUACAGGAAGUGUUGCAGCUCAUGGGUCAGGCUGUGUUCGAGUAUCAGAAAGAGUCUGCCAGAACACGCCUGGAGAAUCAGACCCUCCAGCAGAAGCUCAAACAGCUCCAGCAGGCGAUGACUGGGGAUUCAAAUGAAGUGCUGAAAGCCUCUCUACCCAUUGAGAAGCCUCAUUUAGAGGAGGAUCACGCCCAAGAAGAUCUAAUUUAUCUCGGAGAUUCAGCUGUGAACGAGCAGUCAGAGCAGCCACAAUGUCCGAAUGACAAUCCUGUUCACAUGAAGAUGGUUUUAGAUGAGAUUACUUUAGACAGCAGGCAUCAUACUCUGCAAGGCACCUGUGACUAUUCUUUGAAGAAGCAGAGACCCCUCUCCGGGGUAAAGAGAAGCCCUCCAAAAAGAAUCCCAAACUCUUUCAGCGGAGAGAGUCCAGCGACCAGCAACGCUGAAACACCACCGGGCUCAAACAGAAUCAAAGACGAAUCUAAACCAGAGCCUCUGGACUGUUCUGUUACAGAAGAGACAGAUGCUGUGAGAACACAAGCUCCUGUAGUUCUCCCGCAGGACGUUCCUCCAGCAAACGAACACAACCAGCUGCCUGUCUUGUCCUUUCCCAACAGCGUCGUCCACUAUGACCAACUAGGCAAAUUACUUACUUCUGCUUCCAAACACAUUCUCAGGUCAAGGGUGGAGAAUAUGGUCCAAACGGGGGGCGUCCACGGCACCCCCAGCGUCAGCGAAAGCAGGGAGAUUCUGCACAGCUGCCACGUGUGCGGCAAGAGCUUCGCUACGCCCUCCAGCCUCGGAGCGCACUUCGUGUGCCAUUCAAACGAGAGACCUUUCGUUUGCAAGUGCUGCAAGUUCAGGUUCAGUCGUUUAGCCGAUCUGAAAAAGCACGAGCGCAUUCAUACAGGAGAAAGGCCAUAUAACUGUUCACUCUGUGGACGGAGAUUUAACCGAACAGAGAAUCUCAGAAGACACUUGAGGAAGAUUCACUAUGGAGCAGUGCUGUGAGCUUUAGAUCCCUUCAUUUAUUUUAGCAUGUUGACUUGGGAUCUUUCAAAGUCAUGGCUUAUUCAUAUCUUAAAUGUUACUAUAGUCAUUUCAUGCAUUAGGCCUGUUUUCUAAUAUAGGAUGUUGCCAUCAAAUUAAAUUCAAAUAAAUAUUAAUCAAUAUCAGUGAUGUAGCUGAAAUAUGAUUACCGUGUAUUACCCUAUAUUUUUCUGAUGAGAAUACAUAUUUGGUCAAAUUCUCACCAAAGUGCAGCAUUCCACUGGAUUCUUGUUUUUAAUAUUGUUUGCCUUUAAAGCAGUGUUCUUUUAUUCCAUUUGUGUGUUUUUGUCAGUUUUUUAUAUAUUAAAAAAAGUACAAAAAUGUAUACACUACCAUUUAAAAAAAAACUAAAGUAAAUGUUAUUGAAAGCAGAAUAAAAUCUCGCCAAGGCUGCACUUAUUACAGAAAAAUACAGUAAAACAGUAAUAUGGUGAAACAGUAUUACAAUUAGUUUUAGUGCUGUCAAAUUAUUCAUUGCGAUUAACCGCAUCCAAAAUAAAAGUUUUUGUUUGCA